UAUACAAGUCUGUCUGUAUGUCUUACAGUGAAAUUUUUUUAUUUUUUUUUAUUUUUUUUAUUUAUUACAGUUGUUUACACAGUCCAAAAUAAUAGCUGAAUUUAUAAAAAUGUUACCUGUUGUAAAGUUUACAUACCAUUGAAUACUAAUACUGUCAACUGGAAGACUUGGACACAACUGUAACAAAAACUGCAAACAUUCACUGAUGCUCCAGAAGGAAAAACAAUGUUUUACUUACACAUCAUCAUCCUGUUCAAAGUUUUCACCCUCCAACUCCUAAUUGUAUUUCCUUCUGGAGCAUCAGUGAACAUUUUAACCUUUUGUAAUAGUUGUGUAUGAGUACCUUAACCCAAUGUGAAAAGAGGAAUCUCAAAAUCAUACAAUCACUGCUGGAAAGUCAAACAACUUAUUCAGAACAGUACUACAUACUGUAUGAAAUAGCAUGCAUUUUUUUUUCAAUUCCUCUUAUUUUAUAAAAAAUUAUCCACAUUUUUGCAGAUUCUGCAUGUAUAUAAACCUUUGAGCACAACUGUACAUUACCACAUACUUUUAUCACAGAACUGUAUAUUGUAAGUUAUGCAUUAAUGUUAGAAUAAUCUUUGAAAAUGUUUAAUGUCCAAUACAGGCAGAGUGAAUCAACCAGACGAGAUGUCCCAGCAGAAAUUUGAAGACCUCAGUAAUGAACUGCUACAAAGCAUUGAGAAACUCAACUCAGAAUACAACAGAAAUCAUAAAAUUCUCACAGAUCAAAUAAAGAAACUGGAUGACAUCACCAAAGAACUUGAAUCCAUGCACAAGAACACUACGAAGGGCAGUUUGUUCGGAGCAUCAAUAGGAGCACUAGGAGGAAUUACAUUGCUGGGUAUAGCUUUGGCCCCAUUUACAUUUGGUGCUUCUAUAGCUGUUACUGGUGCCGCUGGUGUUACUGCUAUGGGUGUUGGAGUAACUGGAGGAGUAAUAGGUGCAGCGUGUAACAUCACUAACAUGUACAAGCAGAAAAACAUGCGUCAGACUAUUGAGAAUAUCAUCAAUGAUUUCAAGAACACAGCCGACCCAAUGAUUGAGCAUCUGAAUACAAUUUCUGAAACCAUAGAAAAUCUUCAGAAAGUGGAGAACAUGUAUUCUCUUCAAAAUAAGGCAAUACUGACAAGUGUUAAAGCUGUGAAAACCACUUCAAGCAUUUUUAAACUUUUAUCUGUGCUUCGAACUACUAAAAUUGGGAAAGUGUUCGCAAGAGCUGCCAAAACACUUCAAGUGGUUGGCAGACUCUCUGCGUCAAUCUCAGCUCUAUUUUUUGUCCUUGAUGUUUACACCAUUUUUUGUAAUUCAGCAGAGCUCUCUGAAAUGAAUUCAGAAAAAAAGAGAAAAGCAGAAGAAAUCAAAUCAGAAACUUUUCAAUUUAUUUGUCGAAUGAAAGAAACAGCUGCUAAUUUUCAGGAGACUCUGGAUGAAAUUAAAUGCGCUAGAGACGCUAUUAACAGAGCAUUACAAAUCAGUCAAGAAAAUCAUUUUAGAAAUGACUGAACUGCUCUGUUUAGUUUUGUAAAUUUAUCGGCACACUUUAAACUGGAAUCUUGAAAACUGAAGAGUUAGUGAUACAUGCAAACUCUCACAUUACAGUUUUUCAUUUGCAGAAAAUGGUAUGGAAAAUAAGGUAAAGCACAUAUGUUUUGUCAAUCAUUUUGUAAUAUGUGAUAAUUAAAUAAUGUAGUUUUUUCCUUUUUCAUGUUUUUCUGGUUCUGUAUGACCUCGGAUGAACUCUAUUUACAAGCAGUCUUUGUAAAUGAACCACUUGCACUGAAGAUCUUUUUAUUUCUUCUGAAAUUCUAUGGGCAUCCGUUUUAUUUGCUCUUUUUGUUGUGUAUAUUACUGUUUUGUAAUGUAAAGACCAAAAUAGCUAUUGCAAAAUAAAUGGACAUCUGAUCUCACCAACAUAGUCACCAAAUUGUGU